UGUCAAACCAUGCACUUGGGUGGGGUCUGGCCCGAGAAAAGGCCCGUAAUUUUGUUUCAUUUCGCUGAUUAAGGGCCCGAACAUUUUGGGAGGUUUUUCGCGAGGAAGGAAAGGGAAAUUCUUCGAGGAAGGCGAUCGAUUUUGCUCUCAUCAGCGGCGGCGAUUGAAGACGGCUGCGCUAGCUCCUCCGUCGACGGCGGAAACCCCAAUAAUUUCUGCAGGUUUGUUCCCACCUCCACUCUCGUAUCGAUCUCUCGAAUCGUUUGGUUUUCCCCCGUGGAUGUGUUUGCUCAGUUACCCUGGUUGGGAGUGAGCUCCUUUCGCCAUUGUAGCUGAAAAGAAGAGAACUUUGGAAAUUCGUAGUAGAGGGUUUUUGUUUCCUGAUUCAUUUGGAUUGCUGAUUGUAGUGUGAUUUCCCACUUCUCCAUCGCAAUGUUGUGGGCAAGUAUAAGGAGGAAAGUUGUAGAUUCGGCAGUAAACGCUUCCAUCGGCCGCGGCUUUACUGAUUUUGGUACUUAUGCUAGAGGGAAUCCAGUCUGUUCAUGGCCAUCAAGAAACUCGUCGGGUUAUGGACUGAGUCGGUUGUUUUCUUCGGCAGCAGAAGCAUCAUCAACUAGAAGUGAAACCCAGGUACCUGUGGCGAGGGCAAUGUGGAAGGGUCCAUUCGUGGAUGCUUUCCUGUUGAAAUUAAAGAACAAGGGCGCGCCACUAAACAACAGGAAGAUCUGGUCUAGGAGGUCGGUCAUAUUGCCGGAGUUUUUGAACUCCACCGUCAGGAUAUACAAUGGGAAGUCGUUCGUUCGUUGCAAGAUCACCGAGGCCAAGGUGGGCCACAAGUUUGGGGAGUUCGCUCUGACGCGAAGGAGGAAGUUCAGAGGAAGCGAUGGCAAAGGGGGUAAGACUAAGACCCUUAAGAAGGGUGGCAAGAAGUAGUAGUGAUAAUGGGCUACUCAUCUUUUACUCGUCUGCUACUACAACCUUAAGAAUUUGAAGAUGGAGCUUUACAAUAAUGAAAGAUUCUGAGAUGUGAUUGGGAAAAUGUGGGAUGUGUUGCGGCAUUGGUUUCUUAGUUUUUGAAGUCCGUGGUUCUGAAAAUGUAUAAUUUGAUUUGGAUCAAAUCAGUAAUAGUUCGGACCAUCAAAUGUAUCACAUGACCUUUCCAUUAAGUUUCUUACCAUACUUUCUCUCAUGCUAUUCGAUCCAACCCUGUACCAGUACGAUCGGACCACUGCCCACCGGUUAUUCGGGCAGGGCAAACUCGAACAAUCAAGCACGAAAUGAAGUUUCCUAGAGAUUUGGAACUCUGUUGUGCUUAAUUCCUUGAAUGCAAUCGAAAAUAGUAGAGUUAUCAAGUGCCAGAAAUAGACCAAAACUGAAGCUUCAUAGAAGAGCAUAUACAGACCACUAAAGAAGAAUACAUACUCUCUGUCGGCACUGUCUUCUGCCUUUUAUGCAGCAGAUUGAUAAAAAAAAAAAAAAAUCAAAUCUAAGUACAGUU